AUGCCUUCCCGAUAUUCCUAUGCUCCAAGUCCACCUUCAGUCCAUCUAUCUGACAUCAUCAAACUCGAACCAGAGGAAGAGCCAUGGUGUGCCGGCUAUGCUCCUUCGCAGGGUCGUCGCUGUCACGCCCGCACAAAUGCAUACGGUCGCAGGUCAGCCAUGGUGCUUCUCAACGAGGGUACCAAAGAUCUUCGAGCCGGUCGCAGCAUCGAUGCGCUGCUGGAAGAUUUGGCUCCUCAUGUACUAUGCACAAGGUUCCAUCAAAACCAAGCUUCGGAUCUCACACGUCGUUGGAGAGGACAAGUUCACCAGUAUCUCAAUUCGCAGGGAACCUUUACACCAUCGACACAGCAGACGAGGGUAUCAUCGCGAAUUGUCGACACAGAGACCGCUGAAUCUGAACUGGAGGAGAGAAUUGCCGUUCUCCAACAGAGACUUCGGAAUUUGAAAGAGAUUAGGCGCCUCGAGGCUGCUGAAAGUUACCUACCAAUUACUGCAAGCCCUCCUUUCUAUCGCGAGAGGAGAAAUCCAAACGCAGUUGUUAGUUCAAGUAUUCCGACAAGCACGUUGAGCAGGAAUACUCCGCCAGUGAAUCGUGUUGAUAGAACAUCCACUGUGCAAACAACACAAUCUACGAAUCAGCCAUCAAUGACUGUACUUCGACCCGAGCAAGUACAAAUCAGUCAUCAAAUAAGGGCGGUUUCUCCUUUGAGUCCGAGACUAGCGACGCCAUCCACUGGGGUUCACGCCUCCAGCAGGACCAGAAGCCAUGAUAGCCAGAAUAGAAUUUCACAGACCACUCGCCGCGAGGCUGAAGGAGAAUGUGGGAUCUGUUUGUGUGAUUUGCUCCCUUCAAAGCAAGAUAUAGCCGGGGACACGGACGAGGAAAGCGAUCACAUUGGCAGCGAUGAAUACAGCCGGGAUGAUCAAAGUGAUGAUGAUGAUUAUGAUGAUGAGAUUGAUGACGAUGAAGAGAAUGAAGAGCAGGAAACCGAGGAUAAGCAUGAACGCCAAGACGAAGAACUGGCUUGGUGCAAGGCACGCUGUGGAGUAAACUUCCAUGCGAAAUGCAUCGAACAAUGGCUAGAAACAGCUCGUGCUCCUACAUGCCCAGCAUGCAGAAGUACUUGGAAACAUUGA